CUUUGUGCGCAAGUUUGUUUUGACACCAGAGUGCGUGUAGUUCACUGUAAGGUCGUGUAUAUAAUUAUUACUAUAUUUGUGAUUUUAUUAUUUGUGCAAAGCUCAAUAUUUUUCACUGUAUUUAAGAUUUUUCUUUCAUUCUGAAAAACGAAACAAAUUUUGUCGGUGUUAAUUUGCCGCAUACACACCACCAUCUACUCUUAUAUUCUUCAAGCAACCUUAUUUUAUAUUUUUUGUCUCUGUUAUUGCCAAAAGCACAAGUCAGUAAUUAGGAAAUGGUCAUGGAAGCCCCCCCAAGUCCCCAAUGUGUAGGUCGGGAAUUUGUGAGACAGUACUACACCUUACUGAACCAAGCACCUGCACAUCUUCACAGAUUUUACAACAAUAAUUCAUCAUUUGUUCAUGGUGGUCUGGAUGCCCCAAACCGUGAGACUAAGCCUGUUGUGGGGCAGAAGCAAAUUCAUCAGAAGAUUCAACAACUCAAUUUUCGAGACUGCCAUGCCAAGAUAAGCCAGGUUGAUUCACAGGCCACGUUGGGUGAUGGUGUUGUUGUGCAGGUUACAGGAGAGUUGUCUAAUAGCGGCCAACCUAUGCGUCGGUUUACCCAAACAUUUGUGCUUGCUGCUCAGUCACCAAGGAAGUAUUAUGUUCACAAUGACAUCUUUCGCUACCAGGACAUGAUUUUCAGUGAUGAAGAAGUCGAACAAGAUUCGGGGCGCUCAGAAGCUGAAGAAGAUGCAGAACCAGAGCAUUCCCCAAAUACAGAUGCCAUUCCUCCUAGCCAACAGCUGGUCCCACAACAGACAAUGGCGUACUACAACAGUACCAACACUACCAUAAACAACACUGCUGCAGUAGCGAGUGGUGUGGUAACUCCUCAGCAGCCGCCUCAGCCUCAACCCCAUCCUCAACAGCAGCCACCCCAGUUAAAUGCUGCUGUCUUAACCUCCCACCAGCAAGUAGUACCACCACCUUCAGUGGUACCUGCCCCACUUGUAGCAACUGCGGUUGUUAAUGGUACAGCACUUCCUGAAGAAGUAAUUUCAGCUUCAAUUCCUGUGGCUGUAAUGUCAUCUCCUGUGACUGCUGCACCCAGCAUGGCACAACAGGCAGCAAUGAUUCCAACACAGACUCCUGCACAGAACCUGCAGCCUGUUCCACAGGCACAGAUACCAUUGCAGCAAGCAGGUGCGCCGGGUAUUGUUCCACCGCCUGGACAUCCCAACAUAAUCAAGCCUGAUGAAGAAGAAGUGGAGCAAGACAGUGUUCUUGAGGAUGAUAAUGAAGAGGAACAAGAAGGGGCUGAUGAUCACGAGGUUGUAGGCGAGGAAGAGGAGAAAGCCCAACAAGAAAUUAUGGAGGAUACCCAUCAUCAGAUUGAAUCAGUUUCGAAUGAGCCCAAGACAUACGCAACAUUAGUGAAGUCUGGUGGAACUGGAGUGGGGGGGAUAGGCUCUCUUGGCUCCACAAUGUCAACGAGCCUAAAUGUUCCUGCAAAGCCAACAACAUCGCCACCUCCACUGGCAGCUCGUACCAACAGCGAUGCACGUGACUCAAUGCAAGUAUCUGGAAUGCCCAGUGGAGGGUCGGGAUCUUUGCUGUCUGGACAGAGAGGUUCCAGGGGCGGAACUAGAGGAUCUGGCAUCCGAGGAAUGGGCAGGAUUGACCGUGGUGGAUCUGGAAGGGGCAAUUUCAAUGAAGAUACUGGAAGUAUUGGUGUAGAGGGUGACCGACGGCGCAUGGGACCCAACAUAAUGCAACAGUACCCAGAUAACCAGCAGUUGUUCAUUGGGAACCUCCCACAUCUUGCUACAGAGGAUGAUAUGAAGGAAUUAUUUGGCAAGUUUGGCACCAUCAUUGAUCUCCGUAUUCACAGCAAACAAAGUAAUAAAGGAGUUCCUGGAAGUAGAGUCCCAAACUAUGGAUUCAUUAUCUUUGAUGAUGCAAAUGUUGUUCAGAAGGUUCUUGGUGGUGGGCCAUUCUACUUUCCACCUGAAGGUGGACAAAAGCUGAAUGUGGAGGAAAAGAAACCACGUGGCCGACAGUCAAUGGAUGGCCGCAUGGCUUCCGGAGGUGACACCAUGUUCAGGCGUCCUUCCAGUGGGCUGGGUGGCUCUCGGGGAGGAACUGGAGGAAUAAUGAGGGGAGGGCCAGGUAUGGGCCCUCACCGUGGGGGUGGCCGCGGUUUUUCCCGAGAGGGUCGUGGAGGAGGAAUGAACCGGCCUGUCUAUGGACGUUAACAAACCCCAAAUCACGCAUUAUUUCGAUAACAUUAGUCCCUACCGAGAAAUGUGUGUUUACAAAAAUAAAGCGCGCAAUUCCCCAGCUUAAACAGAAGGAAUGAGUCCAAGUUAAAUAUUACCAGUGCAGGGAGUUGUCUUAUAAACAUUCUGAUUUAAAUCAUUCAUUCGUUGAACAGUGAUUAUUUGUAAGUAAAAAAAAUGUUUAAAAAUGGAAUUGCGCACAGUUGCCAUUUGUUACAAUCUACAUAAUCCAGUAUACUGCAACACAAGACUUUGACUGAAGAGAAAUGGGAUUCCUUUAUACAGCCAUGAUCUUUUCCCUUUUGAAAUUAAGCCUGGAAUUCUCACAGAUCUCUUCGGAGUUUCUUUGAUGUUAUCAGUUUUGAGCAGGUUUCUGUUGCUUGAAUAUUGAAUCCCUGUUCAGCCAUUAUGUGUAUUUGAGUGAUGAGAGAUGUGGAAUUAACCUUAAAUUUAAAGGGGAACGAAGACGCCGCAAACUGGGAAGGAAGCCUUGGUAUGAUUUUAGCAGAUGGUUGAAGUAUGGUGGAAGUGGAGGGGCAGUAGUGCUAGAGUGGUAGCUGGACUGCAGAUUUCAAGUCACAUAUUGCAUGAGAAUAUUUGAAUGCUGGUGCUGUUAAUAUUUUUUUUUUUUUUCUUUUUUUCUUUAUUAUUAUUAUGAUGGCAUGGAAAGAACAGGAAGUGGGGGAGAAGAAGGUGUUUAGUUUAUUUCCCAUGUCUAAUGAUUGACUUCUCAAACUGGAUUCUCAGCAGUGAACAUUUACAUGUGACAGGGGUAAUAGAAGUCUCUCUCAGCACCUAACCAAACCUUUAAAAAUAGCAUUGCUUGAUGUUCAGAUGUCUUUAACUUAUUAUUACUUUAUCUGCAAGGUUUUAGGUGGCUUUGUUUUUUGUUUGUUGGGGGAGUUGAUGAGAGAUUUUGUUUUUUUUUUGGAAGUGAUGUGUCAUGUUUUGUGGACAAGAAUUCGUGUGAAGCUGGAACUGAAAGACUUUAUAAAGAUAAAAGAAAUUAAAAUGUAUUUGUUUUAUGCAAGGAGUAUUUGACUGGUAUAAGUAAGUCGGAGUAGUUUUUUUAUUCGUUCUUGAAAACCAAAACCUGUUCAGUGCUACAGAUGUUAACCUUUGUGAGUCUUGUGGUGUACAUUUUUGUUACUGUUGUUUUCCUCAGAGAAUUGGUUGUUUUUGUGUGUUAUUCUUUUAAAUCAUCUACAUAACAUCUCCCUCUGGCCAUCACGCAAUCAUUAGUAUUCCCUGUGAUAAUUUAAAAUAAUUAUUAUAAUAAUAAUAAAAUGCUUCAUUUUAAGUUAACUUCAUGUAUGUUCACCCCCCUUUUUUAUAGAAGUUGAAUGUAUCUAUUUGAGUAUGUAUCCAUUUUUUUCUUGAAUCUAAGUGCCAGAUCAUCAUUCCUUUAAAAGCGAUGAAGGUAACAAAAAGAACUGUUGUACAAUUUUCCGCUAGUCAAUACAUGAAAAUAACUUCACAUUCUUACAGUAUUAAGAAAUAUUGUUUCAUUGCAAGGGAUAUUCAAUCAAACGUUCUAUUGGGAAAGAAAGUGGUUGCAUAACAAACAA